UUAUUAUUAGCUUCCGAAAGGGGCGAUAGCGGUGAAGUAGUGGCCUUAUUAUUUAAAGAUCACAUUAAUCCUAACGUAUGCGGUAAUAAUAAUAGAACACCAUUGCACUGUGCAGCUGGAUAUGGCCACAAAGAAACAGUCGAGUCUUUAUUGCAAGCAAAAGCAUUGGUAGACAGCAAAACCUCUAGUGGUAGAGCUGCUUUACACGAAGCAUGCAUCGGCGGUCAUACACAAGUUGUUGAAGAACUCUUAAGACAUGGUGCUUGUAUGGAUAUUCAAGAUGAUCAAAUGCAUACUCCCAUGCAGUUGGCAGCUUAUAAUGGAGAAGCAGACUGUGUAAAAGUAUUGUUGGAGAAGGGUGCAAACGGUAAGCUAAAAAGCCAAUACCUUCUGACUACGAUACUAUUUAAGGAUGGCUAA